GCCAGUAAAGUUGCGUCAAUCUGCCUAUCGGCGGCGACGCUGGACGUAGACGGGCUACACUAUGACAUCAGACUAAGAUGGCUGCGCCCUGCAGACCUUGAUUUUUUUUUUCUUGUCUCGCAAGUUUUUGCGCCUCGCUUGUGUCGGGAUCAGAGUUACACAGACUCACGCUUUCUCCCACUAUGUUCUCCCUCCAAAGCCGUGCUCGCCGGGUUGCGGGUUCCCUCGGUUCCCUCAUCAAACAGCACCUUUCGUUGGCCCGGUUCAGCGGUGAGAGCGGGGCGCCUAGGUCGCCGCACUUCGAUGUAGUAGUCAUCGGCGGAGGACAUGCCGGGACAGAAGCAGCCGCCGCCGCCGCUCGGUGCGGCUCCCGGACUCUUCUACUCACGCACCGCGUGGACACAAUCGUGGAUGGAAGCACAGUAGAUGCGGAGAGUGUGAUUCUGACUACUGGCACAUUUCUGAGAGGCAUGGUCGUAAUUGGAUUGGAGAUGCAUCCAGCAGGACGUUUAGGGGAUCAGCCUUCAAUAGGGUUGGCUCAGACUCUGGAGAAGUUGGGGUUUGUGGUGGGGAGGUUGAAGACUGGGACUCCACCUCGAAUUGCCAAAGAUUCCAUUAAUUUCAACAUUCUAAACAAGCAGAUGCCAGAUAAUCCAUCUAUACCAUUCAGCUUUAUCAAUGAGACAGUGUGGAUUAAGGUAAGUAAAUUUAUGAAAAGCUUACUUUACAGUUUAUAUUGGCUAUUCGUAACAAGAGAAAGCCUAGCUCUUUUUUUUUAUUUUACAAUUCACUAUUGUUCAGAGUCUAAGCACAAAGAGAUCUUCUUUCAUAACCUCAGUGCAAUGAUCAAAUUGAGGAAAUUUAACAUAGAUACAAUAAAUACCAUGAUUCAGCCAGGCUAUGGUGUUCAGUAUGAUUACUUAGACCCCCGUCAGAUCACUCCUUCCCUUGAGACUCAUUUGGUUCAACGGCUCUUCUUUGCUGGACAGAUAAAUGGCACCACUGGUUAUGAGGAAGCUGCAGCUCAAGGUGUGAUAGCUGGGAUCAACGCCAGUCUUCGAGUCAGUCGCAAGCCACCUUUUGUCAUUAGCCGAACAGAAGGCUACAUAGGCGUCUUGAUUGAUGAUCUUACUAUAUUGGGCACCAACGAACCAUACCGCAUGUUUACCAGCCGAGUAGAGUUCCGUUUGUCACUGCGCCCUGAUAAUGCUGACAGCAGGCUCACCUUCCGAGGGUAUAAGGAACCUGGCUGUGUGUCCCAACAGCGAUAUGAAAGGGCUUCUUGGAUGAAAUCUUCUUUAGAAGAAGGUAUUUCUGUGCUGAAAUCCAUUGAGUUUUCGAGUACUAAAUGGAAAAAGUUAAUCCCAGAGGCUUCUAUAAGUAUUGGUAGAAGCCUGCCUCUCAGAGCUCUAGAUGUUUUGAAAUAUGAGGAAGUUGACAUGGAGUUAUUAGCCAAAGCUGUUCCAGAGCCCUUGAAGAAGUACACUGAAUGUAGAGAGCUAGCUGAAAGACUGAAAAUAGAAGCCACUUAUGAAUCAGCAUUGUUCCAUCAGCAGCAGGAAAUAGAGGAAGUUCAGCGAGAUGAAGCUCUCCAGCUCCCAAAAGACUUAGAUUAUUUGACUCUCAGGGAUGUAUCUUUGUCCCAGGAAGCUCGUGAGAAACUACACUUCAGUCGCCCACAGACGAUUGGGGCUGCUAGUCGUAUACCUGGAGUGACACCUGCCGCCAUCAUCAAUCUGCUCAGAUUUGUGAAGACUACUCAGCAAAGACAAGCAGCUAUGGAUGAAUUGUCCAAAACUGGUCAAUUCUUACGUGAAACAGACAAACUUCAAGAGAGAGAAUUAUAGCUUUCUGUUCAUAGAAGACAUUUAAAGAGAAUGUAAAUAAUUUAAACAAUACAAAGGUAUAGAUAGGAGAUGAGAACUAUUUAGCACCUAUUAAACUAGCCUUAUUAGAUUAUUAUGGGUUUGUCAUUAAUUUAUGAAGAGGGCAGAGAUUAUAAUUGUGUCUUUUUGUGUAUCUGAAAAAAUAAUUGCACAUUUAAUUUAUACUGUUUCUUCCAGGAGCUCUAAUAUAGUGAGCCUACUCCUACGACAUUGUGCAACAUUCAUCCAAGAGAGGUAUAGUGGACAUAAAACUGAAGCUGGGGAAAAAAAACUAACCUUGCUGAUUUGCCUACUCAUAAGGACUUCAUCCAUUAAGCAUACCAAAUUGAAAGUCUUAUCUUUUAACCUGU